AUGGCUGCGGUUAUUGAAACUUCUACUGGCAAUAUUGCUACUGCUGUCACUUCCACUUCUACUGAAUUGAAUGGCAAUACAAAAAGUGACACCAUUGACAUUGAUACUAGUGGUAACAACGAGAACAAUAUGAUAAUCAAACAACAUCAUAAUGAUGAAGAAAGUCUUACAGCCUUAACUUCUGAUCCAAUUAUUGUAUGUGAAGCACUUCGUCAACAAAACGAUGCUCUUCGACAAGAACUUCAUGAUAUACGACGGGAAAUGGAUGAAAUUACAGAUCAAUUUCGUACAGAAGAUGCUGAAGAAUUCAAACAAUUACAAGCAGAACUUGAAAUUGCUGCUAAAAAUUGUCGUAUUCUUCAAUUUAAAUUACGUAAAGCAGAAAAACGAAAUGAAAAUAUGGAAGUCGAAAAAACAACAUUGGAAGAAAAAAUUCAUCAAUUAACCCGUGAUAAUUAUCGUGUUCGUGAUCUUGACGAAGAAUUAUUAAUUGCAAAAGAAGUUAGUGUACGAUUACAUAGUGAACUUGAAAAAAGUGAAGAAUCAAGAUUGAUAACUGAAAAAUUAAAUAUGGCUCUUAAACAACAUUUAGAUACACUUAAAGAAUCAUUUGAUGAAAAAUUAUCAACGGAAACAAAUGAUGAUUAUCAUGCAUGGGAAUUAUCUGUGUAUUUAUAUGAAUCACUUUUUCGUGAAUAUAUUCUUAUGGAAGAAUUAACAUGGGUCAAUUCUAAUACUAAUAAAAACAAUCCUUAUCUAAAAUCUUCAGCAAAUAUUAAUGGACAAGAUAUAUCAGAUUUAAUGAAUGCAUAUCAACAGAAAAUAUCUAUACUUCAUGAUGAAAUGAAUCAAGUUAAAGAAGAUCUUAAUAAUCGUGAUAAUGAAAUCGCUCAAUUACGUAUACAAUAUAAAAUAUUAAAACAACGUAGUCGAAGUGUUGAGAAAACAUCAAAUUCAAAUAGUAAUAUUAGUUUUAUUGAUGAUGGAGGAAAAGAUGGAAAUCGAUCGAGACGUGGUGUUAGUGUUGAUGGUGGAGGAAAUUUACGUGAACAAUUAGAUGCAUCAUUCGAUGAAAUACGUUUAUUAAAAAAUAAAUUAUCAAGAUUAGAAGAUGAAUUGAAUACUACAGUUCUGGAAAAACAAACACUUUUAGUUAAACUUGAUGAGCAAUCAAAAAAAGGCGGUGAUGAUACAAUCAAUGAAGAUCUUCAUCUAUUUACUAAUAAAAUUGAUAAUCUAAUAACAUGUAUCAAAGAAAAUAAAAUAGAUGAUAAGAUCAUAACUGAUAUACAACAAUCAUUACGUCCAGCUCGAUGGAAUAAACCAAUACCUGACGAUCAACUUUCAAAUACAAUUACUAAGACAAAUCAAGAAACCACUGAAAUUAAUCAACAAGCAAAUGAAUUUCUAACUCUUUUACAAAAUAAACAUGAGAUUCUUGAUAAAAUUCGUUAUCGUUUAACAAAUUUAACAUAUGAUGCAAAUGAUACAUGUACAUUAUUAGAAGAACUUGAUUUAACUAAACGUGAUUUAGAAGAUACACAACAAAUUUGUCAUCAAUUACAAACAACAAUUGAUAAUAUUCAAUUAUCAUCGAAAAAACUCGAAGAACAACUUCAAAAUCAAUUAAUAACAAAUCAAACAUUAGAAAAAACAUUUGAACAACAAAAAAUAAUUAAUAAUGAAUUACAAAAAGAAAAUCAACGUUUAGCAGUACUAAAUACAAAACAAUUACAAGAUUCUCGACACGUAGAACAACUACGUCAAUCAAUAGUAACAUUUGAAAAAAAACUUGAUCAAAAACAAACACGUGUUAAUGAAUUAUCAAUGAAAAUAAUUGAAAAAGAAGAUAUUAUUGAAACAAAAGUAAAAGAAUGUCAAAAACAUCGAUUAGAAUUACGUGAACUUGAAGAUAAAUAUUAUACAUUGGGAAAACAAUUAGAAGAACAAAUUCAUGCAAUGACAAAAGAAAUUGAAAAAUUAAAUAUCGAAAAAGAAAUGUUAAGAUUUGAUAUGGAAAAUUUACGUGUAAAUCAACACAGUGAUCGACCAAAAUCAAUUUCAGUUGAAGAUGAAAUAGCACGUGUUAAAGCUGAAUGUCAUAAACAAAUAGUCGAUGCCGAAAUUGAAUCCUAUAAACUUCGUCUUAAUCAAUCAAAUAAUGAAAAAGAUGAAUUAUUAAAAAUUAUAAAAGAAAUUGAAAAGAAAUAUAAAGAAUUACAAAUAAAAUAUGAUGCUGAUGGACAUGCAUGGGCACGAGUUAAAACUGAAAUGUCAGAAAAACAACGCAAAUAUGAUGAAAGUAUUAAAAUGAAAUCUGAAUUACAAAAUGCUGUUGAUCGUCUUCGUCAAAAAUUAUAUGAUCUUGAAUUACAUAGUCAAGAAAAACAAAAUAAAUAUAAUAUUGAUAAACAACAAUGGGAAAUACAACGUGUUGAAUUAAAUGGAAAAAUCAAUGAAAUUGAAGAACAAUUAUCAAAAGUAACAAAACGUCAACGAAAAGAUCUUGAUACAACAUGGAAAAAAGAACGAAAUGAUUUACAAAAACAACUUCAACAAUCUCAACAAUUAAUAAAAGAUUUACAAAAACAAAUAACAAAUCGAGAAACACCAACACAUAUUACAGAAAAAAUCAAUAUUUUAAUGACAGAAAAUGAAUUAUUAUUAAAUAAAAUCAAAGAACUUGAAAUUGUUAUUGAUGAUGUUCAAUUACUUAAAGGAGAAAUGCAACAUUUACGUGAUAAAAAUUCAUCCGAUUGGAAUUAUUGGAGAAAACAACAAAGUGAUUUAUAUGCUCAAUUAAGAUUGCAAUGUAAUACAAAAGAAUCAGUCUUAUUCAAAUUUGAUCGUUUAUUAAAACAGAUCAAAUCUAGUGGUGAUAAUACAAGCCAAAUUAUUCUUGAUAAUAGUAUUGGUCCAUUAUCAAUGAAUAGUUAUCAACACGAUGCAACAACAAAAACAAGUCUAUCAAGUUUUAGUCGUGAAACAUUAGCUGAUGAUAUUGAACUUCCACACGGAACACUCGAUGGACGAGCAGUUAGUAUUAAUGAAAUUGUUGGUACAAUGGAUGAUUCAACACCAUUACCCGUAUCAAUCAAUGAUAAAGAUAAACAACGAAUGUUUGAUAAAACUUAUUCAGCACAAGAGAAUACCGCAGCUAGUAUUGAAGAGAUUGCAAGUAAAAUUGAUCGUGUUGAAGAUCAUUUAUUUUCAUACAGACGUUUUAUGGAUUUCAUUCGAGCAAAAUCUGAAAAGAGUGCAUCAAUUGUUCGUGAUGAUAGUUUUACCAAUAUAGCAAAUUAUUCCGAUACUCUAGCAGCUAAGAAACGAUUAGCUUCAGCUCCACCAGAAAAUAAUCUCGCUACAUCUUCAACUACAAGUAAUCGUCGAUCUCGUUUUGAUAAUAAUAAUACAAAUAAUAGUCAUGAACGUUUGCCAUCUAUAAUAUCAUCACCAGAUGAUAGUGUUAUAUCUGAUAUAAUGUCAAAUUCAGUUAUAGCAACAGCAAGUGGAAGUGCAAUGGGUAUAUCAAAAAAUCGUUUUUUUUCAUUAAGUCGUCGUUUUCGUUUUCGUGUACAAUCUCCCGAAAAAGGAGGAGCAACAUCACCCACAUCACCAACAUCAGCAACUGUUCAUUUUCUUGAUGAAGAUAUUGAUUUAGAAACAAAAGAACGUACAUUAAGAAAAUCCGAUCAAAAUGGAAAUCGACCAUCAAAAGGCAUAUUAAAAACAUUAAGACAUCGUUCACCAUUUCGUUUUCGUUCGAAAGAUGCUGUUAUACCUGAACAAGAACCAUCUCCACCACCACCACCUCCACCAUCAGAUCCCAUUCCUGCUAAUACACAAACACUUCCGGUUUCAUUACCAUCAUCAAAUGCUCCGAAAGAUAAUAAAAAGAAAUUACCACCACCUGUGUCUACAUCUACGACUGUUCAACCUAAACAUCGUGGUCGUUUAGUUGAAUUAAAAAAGACGACAUCUAAAACAUCUUCCUCAAAUGGUACAUCUAAUAAAGAUUCAAACGCAGAACCAACUGGUUCAACAUUAGUUAGACGAACAUCAGGAUUAAAAGAUCUUAUUCAUAAAUUUGAUGUAACAUCUGAUAAAGCAUCAAAAUCGAAAAAACCUACAUCUGAUAUGAAUAUAACAGAAUCAAAACAAGAUGAACAAGUUAAACAAACAACUACGAAUACUGAUAAUUCAUUUGAUAGUUAUCGACGACCUCCAAAUCUUUCUUCUACAGACAAAUCAAAAACUAUUGACAUUCCGGAUCUUUUACGAAAUGUUGAAAAAGAUCCGACAAGUUCAACCGCAAAAGCAAUAUUUCGACAUUCAAAUUCAAGUCGACAAACAACAUCAUUUGAUUCAACUACAAGUAUGGUUAGUGCAAGUGAAUCAAUUCUAACAACGAACAGUAAUAGUAUGAGAAAACCAACAUCAACAGCCAGGCCAUUAAUGAUUUCUCUUAGCAAAGAUGAAUCGUAA